AUGCUCUUCGCUGUUACUCUCACUCUUGCCGCUGCGGCUGCCGUCUCAGCCUCGCCCCUUGAGCCUAGGGCCAAGACUGCCGUUCUGCCCUUGAAGCACGUCGUCAAGGCCAGUUCGAUCAAGGCCAUCGUCCAGAAGGGCCAGGCCCGCAUUCGGAAGGUUAAUGGAGAGGGUUCUUUCCACGUCGAUGCCGUUAGCUCUGGCACUGUCACCAACGAGGAUGUCUCCUACGUCGCGCCUGUCGUGAUUGGAGGCAAGACCUGGAACCUCAUUGUCGAUACUGGAUCUUCAAACACUUGGUGUGGUGCUCAGACCAAGUGUGAGCCUACAUCGACCGGCAAGUCUACAGGCGGCUCUGUCAGCGUCUCUUAUGGCUCUGGUUCAUUCUCUGGCACUGAGUACAAGGACAAGGUCAGCUUUGGCGGCCUCAGUGUUGCUUCGCAGUCGAUUGGUGCUGCUAGCAGUGCCAGCGGUUUCUCGGGUGUAGAUGGCAUCAUCGGCUUUGGCCCCGUUGAUCUCACUGAGAGCACUGUCUCCAAUGUCGACACCGUUCCUACUUUUAUGGACAACCUCUAUAGCCAAGGCUCAAUCUCAUCCGAGGUCCUCGGUGUCUCCUUCAAGCCAGAGUCUGGUAGCGAUGAUAGCGAUGCCAAUGGAGAGUUGACCCUUGGUGGUGUCGACAGCUCCAAGUACACCGGCUCCCUCACCUACUUCCCAACUCUUACCAGUGGCCAAGCUGCCGCCUACUGGGGUAUCUCUGUUUCUGGCUUUACCUAUGGAUCUACAACUCUUGGUUCCGGCAGCGGUAUUGUCGACACUGGCACAACGCUUAUCUACGUCCCCACUAGUGUCUACAACAAGUUCCUGUCUGCCGCUGGUGGUUCGACUGACAGCUCAAGCGGCCUUGCCGCAUUCACCAAGAAGCCUACCGCCAACUUUAGUAUCAAGUUCGGGUCGACAACCUACACCCUCACGCCCGCGCAGUACUUGGUCCCUACUGCUCAGUACAGCAACUUUGGUUUGUCCUCUGGCAAGUACUACUCCUGGAUCGGCGACGGAGGCUCCUCUGGUGUCAACGUCAUUAUUGGACAGAAGUUCCUUGAGAACUAUUACUCUGUAUACGACACCACCAACUCUCGUAUUGGUUUCGCUACAGCUGCUUAA